AUCCAUGUUUAUGAUCAUUUGCAAACAUAAGAAAUACCGGCAAUAUUUAAGGAAAUUAGAUCUUAUGGAUGAUACACUGGAAGAACUCGGUAUACCGAAAGAAUGCCAUAAAAUAAGAAGUUUAACAAAUCAAACGUUAAUUAUUUGGUUUUUACUGAUCUGCACAACAUGGAUUUCGGAUUCUUUACUGUACAUAGUAAUGCACAAUGAUACAAUGGCCAUAUUUGUUCCUUGUCUUCUAAAUUAUCCUGUAUACGUUAAUAGCUUAAUGGAUAUAAAUUUUCUUCUUCUUCUAAGACAUAUUGGUGCUAGGCUAGAUAAAAUAAACAAUCAUAUCAAACAACUAUCAGAAACAGAAGAGUAUGGACUAAGAUGCAAGUGGAAAAAAGCUUUUGUCGUUAAUGGCUAUUAUGUUCGAAACACUAAGAAUCGCAAGCACAUAUUAUGGACUGUAAUACAUCUUCAUUUGGAACUUUGCCGAACAGCUCGCGAUAUAAGUGAUUUAUUUGGAAUACCAAUGGCUUUACAAAUGAUAUCUUAUUUCGUUCUCUUGAACGGAAUGUUUUACUUUCAAUAUUGUGCAAUAAUACAUCUACAAGAAAUGUACAAAAAUAAUUUGGCAGUAAAUAUAUGUCUUUCUACCAACAUAUGGUUUAUCAUAUUUUUAAUGAAACUCUUAUCAGUGAAUCACAUUUGUGAAAAUGUUAGCACUAAGGUUAAAAAAACUAGAAGCAUUACUCAUAAAUUAACAAAUCUUAUUUGUUUUGUGGAAAUUCAGGAAGAGAUAUACCAGUUCGUUUUGCAAAUAUCAUUACACCAGUUGAAGUUUAGCGCUUGGGGUCUAUUUUAUUUUGGUUACAGCUUUAUUCGUAAGUUCUUCGUCUGGACUCUCACUACUCUAAUGUUUAUGGCGCAAAUGGGUUAUACUCCUGCAUGGAUCAAAAUUUAUAGCAGAGAUAAUAUAACAUACUACAACAAGUGA